AUCUGUGAUAAAGUCGAAAAAUGAAAAAUCAAGUGGGUACGUCGCCAUUGAUAAUCUUGAUGAAAUAUUUCUUUAAAUAUGAAAUUAUGAGCGUUUAUUAUUGAACGCUCGUUUUAUUUGUUAGACGAUAAGUAAUAAUAAUUCGAUGAAAAGCUGUUUCGUGAUUUGUAUUGCGUGAAUUAUCGAGUGUACUUCUCAAAAAAGUUGAUCGACCUUGCCUAAAGAUGAUUACGGUCGAUACAAUUUUGAAAGAUUUUCAUGAUCUCAGUAAUCUAGAAAACCUUUGCAGAAUGUGCGGUAAAAAUCAAUCAUCAUUCACUCCUAUUUUCGAUGAAACUAAUCGCUACAAUUACUAUAGAGUUAUCCAACAGCACUUCAGGGAUGAUCUUCCGGUAUCUAAGACAGAUAUAUUACCACUGAAGAUGUGUGCCAAGUGUCUUAAAUUGAUGAUGUCAUGGCACGAAUUUUAUCUUGAAUGCAUGAAAGUUGAGAAAAAAUUCAAGCGACUGAUAGACAAGUUUAGUUUGACCCAAGAUCCAGAAAAAAGAAUACCGGCAAUUGUAAACGAUGUUGAAGUGAUCGAAGUCAGCGUUGAUGAUGAAACUUACGAUUUUUUCAAUGAAAACACCGGUGAAUUUGAUAUCUCGAACGUCAACAUCAAAGAAUCCACGUCUUUCGUCGAUACCAAUGAUUUAUCACAUUUCGAUGAUUUAAACGAUUCGAGUAGUUCUGGUCACGAAAAUAACGAAAAUAAAACGACUAAAACGGCUGAAACAACUGAAACUACUGAAACUACUGAUAAUCAUUCCGAGAGUAGAGCAACGAAAAACGAAGAGCCAAAGAAAAAGAAUAUUAAUAAAGGCCAAUCGAUAUCUCUGGGCAAACGUUCGACGGCGUCUAAAGGCCACGAUGAAGGCGGUAGCUCAGCUGCCAAACGUGCUAGAUCCAAUUCUAAGGCGGUAGGUGGUGUCGGCGGUAGCAGUGACCAUCCUGAGCAAUCAGUAGUGACGAAAAAACCGAGCGCAAUCGGUAAGACUAGGAAUUUAACUACUAAAACGUCUUCAGUUGCUAAUAAGGCUGUUAAAAUAUCUAUUGGAAGUAUUAAACCUUCGAAGAAACCGAUCAAGAAAUCCAAUACAGUGAUCACGUCGGCGGAAAAUGCCUCUAAACCGUCCGUUAAGCCUGUUGAAAUAACACUAGACGAUGAAGACGACGAUGACGUACAAGUACUGAAAAACAAACGCGAACCGGUACCGAAAGAUAAACAGGAGGAUAAAAAUAGUGACCAGGUCGACAAUAACCGCGCUAACGACGAUGACGACGACGACGAUAGUUUGUUCCAGUUGGAAUGCGAAGUGCAAAUACAUUCUCCGUCACCUAAACCAAAUGAUACUCGAAACGCAGACGAAGACGGCGAAGGCGACGGUAACGAAACCGCGACCAAUAAAGAAAAAAAGAAGCUGAUCCGGCCGCCUAAAAUGUGCGAAGUUUGCGGCAAAGUGGUGAGCGCUAAGCUGUUCAAAGAGCACAUGAUAAUGCAUAACGAUCCGGAAUCGAUGACUUGUUCGUGUUGCGAUAAACUUUUCAGCACGGUGUCGUCGCUGAAAAAGCAUUUCAUCUGGACGCAUACGUCGCUUCGACCUUUUAUGUGCGAUUUAUGCGGCAGCACGUUCAAACGCAACGAUCACCUGAAGCUGCAUCGAGAACAUUUCCACGCCAACGAAAACAGCGGAGGAACGGCGGUGAAAUGCAGCAUAUGCGGAGCUUCCGUACAAACAAUAGUGUCGUUGCAGAGCCACAUGAAACGAGUACACGGUCAAACUAAAAUCGAAUCCUACGAUAAGGAUCUCAAUCACAAGAUACUGGCGGAUAAAACUUACGAAUGCGGUAUUUGUGGCUUGAACUUCAAACAAUUCAGUUACCUUAGAAUUCAUAUAAAAUUUGUUCACGAGAAAGGCCUCCCGUGGCAUAUCAAUCAAGGCGCCAGCGGACCCUAUAAAUGCGAUCCUUGCAAUUCGACUUACGCAACGUUGCAGAGUCUACGCGAACAUAAUCGCCGACGUCACGAUGGAGCUCCGGUCGAGAAAUUCCACAAACAGUGUUCGCAUUGUGGAAUGCUGUACAGAAAUCGUCUCCAUUAUUCUAAGCAUUUGGCGAAAAUUUCCGGUAGACCGACGUGCUACGUUUGUUGGAAAGAUUUCGAUUCGGCUGAUGACUUAAAAGUGCAUAUUAAUUCGGAUCACUUGGACGAGUUACCCUUCGGAUGCGAACUUUGCGGUGUGAGAUUCGUCUACCUGACCGAAUUAAGGAACCAUAUGUAUACUCAUUCUAAAACGAAAGAGUUCAAAUGUGACGAAUGCGGUCACUCUUUUGUACGAAAAGAUUUCCUCAAGUCGCAUCAACGCCGACACAAGGGUAUUAGAAAUCAUACUUGCGAAGAAUGUAACAAGAGUUUCGUCGAGUUCUGUGAUCUAAGGAAACACAUGCAGACGCAUUCGAAAAAUAAAUCAUUCGUUCCCGUCAAAGAGGAGAAUGAGGUACUCAUCGCCUCGUAAUGAUGUAGUUAUUUCUUUUAUUUGAAUACCUACAUAUUUAUUGUAUUCGUGUUGAAUCUACGUACUUGGAAGGUUGAUUAAUUUUUGUAUGUAGAAGAGGCAUGUAUUUAUUUUUUCUGUUUCGUUUCCUAAUAGUAUUAUGAACUGUAAAUGAUGAUGAAUCCUAGUUAAUAUAUUUUGUAAAUUUCUGUUUUGUGUUCAUGUAAUGAAUAAACUGUUUCAUUUGUUAA